AUGAGUAUUACCUUAAAGCUUACCUCCUUAUUCAUAAGGACGGUCUCAAAACCAAUGGCUAGCGCCAUAAAACUGCAGGCGAAAGAGCAUCCUAAAUUCAAGAAAACGUGCAUCUUAGUGGCACAGUCUUUACAUCAAUGGGACUCCAAAUUGAGGAUGCGUAUCAUGGGCCACGACGUAACCAUACGACCGUUGAACGAUGCCAAAGCUGUUGAGAAUGGAGCUAACUUUCUCUCUGAGUUUGUCCUGUUUUCUGUAGCCGGAUCUCUCAUUUUAUUCGAAAGUCAACGGCAACGGAAGAAAGAGGCAGCCCGAAGAGAAAAUGUGGCUGACGAUAUCUCAACACUUCAGCAUGAAAUUGAGUAUCUAAAACGGAAAAUGGAAGAAUAUAACAUGAAGCUAGAUGAUUACAAACCUCCACAGGAGUUGAAGCCUAGCAUCUUAAAACUUGAGCCUAAUGUUGAUGAAUCUCACAGUCUUCCUACAAGGGAAGAUGCGAUCAGCAGACUAAACCCACCGGUCAAGCAGCAAGAUAAAGAGAAGAGAUUUCCAGUUAAAGAUGAUAAUAUCAGAGAAGAGUCAAAAAGUUCAUAA